AAUAUUAGUAGGCAGCAUUCUUACAGCAACUUUAUAAAAUAAAUCGUAUUACUUUUACAAUAAGCAAAAUACGGCGUCCAAAUUUAGUUUGUUCUUUUGAUAUAUUACAAUAAGUUAUUCUUGGAACAGUCGCCGGAUUCGUUAAAUUGCAAUAUGAUCGGCACACUACUUUCACGUCUCAUGAUACUGAGCUUCGGCACCUUGUAUCCAGGAUAUGCCUCCUACAAGGCCAUUCGGGCAAAGGAUGUGAAUGAGUGUACAAAGUGGUUGAAGUACUGGAUUACUUUUGCAGGAUUCACAUGCAUCGAGAUCAUAACAGAUAGGAUUCUCUUUUGGUUUCCGCUCUACUACGAAAUUAAAGUGAUCCUUGUCUUAAACCUGACUUCGCCAACCAUAGAAGGCAGCUCCGCAUUGUACUCGAAGCUGGUUCAACCCAUGCUAGAACUCCACGAAGACGAGAUCGAUGAGUACAUACGUCAUGCUCACGCAAUAGUGUAUUCCACAUUCAGGGAGUUGAGCACCAAGGGUGCCAGCUAUGCCAUAGAUGCUAUCAUGCAGUUUGGCACAAGGAUCAUUCAUCUGGCAGCACAGUCUCAUCGUGACCGCAAAUUAAACUCCCCUAACCAACUUCAAGAAAACUCUUCGCAUUCCAGUUCGCUGAAAGGCAUAAAAACCAUCCACAACGAGUUAAUGAUCAUAACGGAUCUAACUGGAGACGAUGCCGCAGAGGACCCACAAUGUCCCCACAGAGGACACAAGUUCAGGAUGUCAGCUGCAGAUCUGGCAAAGCUAGCUGAGGCUCUGAAACAAGCCAAAAAGAUUUUAAGGCACAGCGAACUAAUCUUGCCACGUUCUUACUCCACCAGCAGCAUGGAUACACGCAGUUCCCAGAGCAGUGUCAUAAACCUCCGUAAUCAGCAAUUGGCCACUGUCCGUGAAAAAGAGAAAGGCAACCAGAUCGACGACGACCUCAAAAGCUUCUUUGAACAGCUCUUAAAAAAUUAGAAUGUUCGAUGUGGCACCCUAAAACUAUGAAAAGGAAUCCUCAAGAAGCUCAAGGGCCAAUCCAAUGUGAAUGGCAUAAGACCAAAUCACAAAAAAAACAAUUAUUUCAGUAGUUUUAUUUUAUACAUUUAUGUAUGU